AUGAAUACCAACGCACUGCGGGCGUAUUUUAGGGCGAAAGGGGGAGAAGUUGGAGGUUUGGCAUAUCGCGCUAGGAUGCAUCGUCUUUUUGCUGAGCUGGAGCCAUCUAUAACCGUCACCGAGCAAAACCUGGCAGGCCGAGUUCGGUAUAUCUUGCGCUCAAAUAUAUUUGCUGUUACCGAACUCGAACGGCUACGACGCGAGACUGUUCCUUCAUGGAGUGAAAAUGCUACGGCUGAGGAUGCGGCGCCACAACUUGCAGAGCAAACAGUAAACGUGGAUGCCGCAGUUGUGGUUGAUUCAAACGAUGAUGGAACAAUCGCCCAGGAACUGGAACUAGAGCAAAUGAGGAGUACAUUGGAAGAGGCGAUUGUGGAAACGCGCAGUACGCCUCUCGAAAAUCGACCGCGACUUCCCCGCAUAGCCCUAAGCAAGCGGAAUCGGGCUGUCGUGAGGACUCUGAACCCAAUGCUGGUAACCUAUUUGGAAGCCAGUCGGGACCUUUGCCAGACGGACUCAAUUCUUUUUGGCGCCGCACUGGCAGUCUGCCGUAUUAUAGGCGCCAAACUCUCCACGGCUGGACGCGCUACUGGACAAAAUAGUGCUAUCCCAGCCUGGAGAAUAAGAAUUGAAGAACGUAUCGCAAAGGCUAGGGCCCUCAUCGGCAGACUGAUAUGCUUCAGGUCCGGCAAUACCAGGCCAAGGAUUGUGCGCACCGUCAGGAUGGCGUUUGCUGGCACAAAUUUUUCCCAGCCGGAUAUAAUGCAAAAACUGACGGAGCGCAUAGACGACCUGAAGCAGAGAAUCGCUGCUUGGGGAAAGCAGAUUCGGCGAUAUACCGAGAGGUCGACACGGUUCAACCAAAAUCGUCUCUUCCAGAGUGAUCAGAAGAGGCUUUAUAAAUCAUUCGAGCGACCAAUGAUAAGUGGAACGGGCCCAGCACCGAAUCAGGCCGACAAGGUCCCAUUCUGGCGCAGCCUGUGGUCAGAGCCCGUAAACCACAGUGAGGGCCCUUGGACGGAAGUUGUGGCGAUUCAGUGUGUUGGUGUAACGCCCAUGGACCCCGUCAUCAUAACGCCGGAUGACGUAGCUGAGGCGGUCCGUAGGGCCCCGAACUGGAAAAGUCCGGGGCUUGACGGGCUGCAUCACUACAGGCUGAAGGGGUUCAUGGACACGUGUUCUGUAUAUUUACGAAUCACUUCCUGGAUCCUGAGGGACCGCUCUGUUACAGAAUUCUAA